AUGUCCGCCUUCUCGGCUCCAGAUGCACCCCUUCAGAUUGAAUGGCAGCCGGUGCCCCUCCAGCUUGAUGCCACUGAGCAGACACAGCUUGUCAGGAAAUCUAGGACUGCUCUACAGACCUUCAUUCCCAGCUGUGAGCCUGCCUGGCAGGAUACCGAUGAGGUUUCCCUUCAACAGUUCUUCACAGAGCUCCAGACCUACCUCCAGCAUAGCCUGCAGAAUCAGUUGAUCCAAGGCAGUCAGGCACUACUCCUUGUACAAGAGCGACAGGCAGCACAAAAUGCCCUGAUGGCCGAAGCUCUUGAGUACAUGAAGUUGGAAGUCAACUCUGUCCAGGAAGAACUCCGGAGGUAUACAGAAAGAGAUGAACUCAAUCCCGAUGCUAUAGAGAUUGAGUGGACAAACCCAGCCACUCCACCAUACUUUGUUGUGGAGAUACAGAGAGCCCUUGAUGAAGGAAGACCGGUGAUGGGUAGACCAGGAACUCCGGUACCAAAUACACACUCCAGGUCCUCUUCCCGGGCAGCUACCAGAAUAAUGCAGCGGAAGACCAGCCCCUUCGCAGCAUUUCCAGUCCGAUCCACUAGGAGAGUUGUCCCUAUUGUGCAGCCAGUGGUGGGAGCAUCUCCCUUACCUGCCAGCCAUUUCAGUGGAGUACUUCCAUUCCUUGAAAGAGCCAGUCCACCCUUUGACUAUGAAGGAGAGCUCUACCCAAGUGCAGGCCAAGGACCUCCUAGCCAACUAGCCAGGAACCCCGGAAGGUUCACCAUGUCUGGGGCCACUCAAGGAGCACCAACCUCACUAUUGGCUACCAACCCGGCACCAGUAGCACCUGUGGCCCCUCCUGCUGCAGUCAACGCUCCCCCUCCAGCUAAUGCACAAGGUGGAAGCGGUGGAAAUCAGAACCCUCCAACUCCUGCGGCCCAUGCUCCCGCUCCCGGAGAUUCAGAUGGUUCUGAUAGUUCAGAUUCGGAACCAGAAGGUGGUGACAGAAGAGGCUGGCGGAGAUACAUUAAGAAUAAUCUGUAA